AAAACCAAGAGGGGCAUCCUACCUAAACAGGCCACGAGGGUCUUGAAGACGUGGCUCUUCAAACAUUUGCUGCAUCCCUAUCCAACUGAAGAAGAAAAGAAGUCCCUGGCAGAUCAUACGAAUCUCAGUGCUCUCCAAGUCAACAAUUGGUUCAUAAAUGCCCGCCGUAGAAUCCUCCAGCCAAUA